AUGCUGCUGCUGGUAGCUCUGUGCCUGGUCUGCACUUAUAAAACCAUCUGCCGCAGACCACAGCUGGACUACAGCAGCCUGGCGCUGCCUCAGCUGCAUAUUCCUUUCUUUCUGCACAACAACAAACGACUGGCCAAACUCUGCAAGGAGGACCCACUUUGCCCUUUUAAGGAUGCUCUGCUGCUCAAGAAGGCCUGCUGGGGUUAUGAAAAGAGCUGCUCCCCUGAGCACAGGUUCAGCUAUCCUCUGUGCACCAGUCUUGACUCGGGAUGUUUGAAUGGAUAUGGCGACCUGUUCAGCGAAACGUGGAAGGCUUUUACCGAUUAUGUCAUCAUUCACCUCAAAAACUUUGACUCCAAAAGGGUGUGUUUCAGAGAUGUGUUUUUCUCACUCCUUCCAAGAAUGCGAUAUGGCCUUUUCUACAACACUCCUCUUAUCUCUGACUGCCACAGCGAGGGGCUGUUCAAGGCAUUUUCCCAGCAUGUGCUUUAUCGACUUGGUGUCUCACAAGAUGGACCAAAGGAGGGCCAAGUCCGUGUCAAACUGUUGGCAAGAAGCACGGAGUACCGUAGGAUAAUAAACCAGCAGGAGCUUAUCAGUGCCCUGAAGACUGUGCCUUUAUUCGAGGUCAAGCUGGUGGAUUACAAAUACGUGGAGAUGCCAUUUCUGGAGCAGAUCCGCGUCACACACAACUCUGAUAUCUUCUUUGGGAUGCAUGGAGCCGGACUGACCCACCUCCUCUUUCUUCCCGACUGGGCCGUCAUAUUUGAAUUGUACAACUGUCAAGAUGAGAGCUGCUACCGUGAUCUGGCCCGACUGAGGGGAGUCCAUUACAUGACUUGGCAGAAAAGGGACAAAGUGUUCCCCCAGGAUAAGGGUCAUCAUCCUACUCUUGGGGAACAUCCUAAGUUUACAAUCUACACUUUUGAUGUAGAGGAGUUCAUGCAGUUAGUCCUUCUAGCGGCUGAACAUGUGACCCGGCACCCGGCAUGGCACGCAAAACAGGCCCGAGAUGAAUUGUAGCCUGUAAGACACAGUGCUCUCUUGCCAGGCAAAAGAUGAACACACUCCUACCAACUCUCUGCACUCUGUAAAUGUAGCCGUGCUAAUGAAAAGUGCAUAGCUAAUAUGUGAAAACACAUUUUAAAUUCAGAAAACAAAAAAACAAAACCAUCUGCGCUGUUACUGAUCCUCAAGCUGUUACUUUCUGCACGUGGAGAUGCUGAGUAUCUUGUUGAAGGACUCAGACAUAUUGGUUUGACAUAUUGUUGAUGUAUUUUGUGAGGUCUAAUAUACCUCUCCUCACGUAUAUGUGGGCUUGUUUUAGAGACUACACUUUUAAACCUGAUUUGAGUGCAGCUUUUCCCCCCCAUAAAGGUAAAGGUUUGAAUUUCGAUAUAGGGAGUAAAUUCCAGGUCAGUAGAUCAUUACAAGGUUGUAAGACAUCUUUAAACAGCACUUUUUAUUCUGAAAAUCAAGUGAUUGGGUACUGAACUGACGUUGAGGUCACCCACAUAGUUUGGUAGCAUUUUUAAUAAACGUCAAACCACAUUUAAAGCAUUUUUAUUUAGCUUUUUUUAAUGCAUUACGGCAAAGAAGAUUAAAGCAGCUUCCUAUUUA